AAAAAACGAUUCUAGGAAACGAUUCUUUAACCUUAUGAAUGACGUUAAAAAUCUUCAACGUUCGCUUAAAUGUCACCUAGACGAUAAAGACUACAUUAAAUUAGAACAAAUCACUGAAAAAGCUCGGGAGAAUAUGUUUAUAAAGUCAAAAGAACGAUUAGUGAAAAAAUUUCUAAUAUUGCAAAAUGAACGUGAAAAUAAAAACGAUAAUGCCGAAAAAACAACAAACUAUAAAAAGAAUGCUGUCCUAAACUUAUGCGAUACCGACAUUCCAGUAAGUCAUAAUAAUUUUCUAAACCUCGGUCCACACUUUGUACCAUCUUUAAAGUCGAUACCAUAUAUGGAUAUUAUUACAGCCACGGAAUCCUCUGCGUUAAAAUUAGAAUACAACAAUAAAAUUGAAAAUGCCCAAGACCUAAGGAAAAAUGUUUUAAGAGAACUAAAAACCGGAAAAAAAUUAAAUAAUAAUCUUACAAAAGAACAAUGGAAAGCUUAUAGAGAAAUAAAAGAGGAAAAAAACGUUGACAUAUAUCCAUUUGACAAAGGGACAGGUUUUGUACGAAUCGAACAUUCAAAAGCCUUGGAAAAAAUUCGCGAACAAAUAGGCCCAACAAAAAUAGUAAGUGAAGACCCUACUGCAAAUUACGCGGCUAAAAUUCGUAGAUGUCUUUCAAAACUAAAUAAAAGAAACUGUUUUUCAAAAGAGGAAUACGAAAAAAUAUAUCCUAGUGAUCCCAUCCCGCCUCGUAUGUAUGGUGUAAUCAAAGCCCACAAACCUGAAAAAUUCUAUCCUAUGAGAAUAAUUAUCUCCACAAUCGGCACAGCAAACUACGGAAUAUCUGAGUUCUUAGUUAAGAUAAUACAACCAGUUUUGAAUGAAAACUUGACAAGAUUAAAAAAUUCCUUUGACUUUAUUAAAAAAGCUGAAUCUUGGAAAAUUGACAAUAAUGAAGUUCAGGUAUCUUUUGAUGUCGUAAAUCUGUAUCCGUCGGUUCCUUUAAAAGAAGCCACCCUUGUUCUUAUAGAAAAAUUAAAUAAUAAUACAACAUAUAAAAAACUAACAAGACUAAGUAUACCUGAGAUAAAACAACUUAUAGAACUUUGUUUAUUUCAAUGUUAUUUUCAUUGGAACAAUGAAAUUCAUAUAAUGGAAAACUCGGGUCCAAUUGGACUUUCGUUCAUGGUCGUUCUUGCAGAAUCAUUUCUACAAUUCCAUGAAAACAAUGCAAUUAAAGUUGCACUAAAUUUCAACCCUGCACUUAACCUCAAAUCGUUCUUAAGAUAUGUCGAUGAUAGUCACGCAAGGUUUCCAGAUCUCAACCAAGCAAAACAUUUCCAAUACAUUUUAAAUCAACAACAUCCUUCCAUCCAGUAUACAAUUGAAGUUGAAAACGAGUUAGGAACACUAAAUUAUCUGGAUAUACAAAUUAUGAAUAAAAAAACAGGAAAGUAUGAAUACGCAGUAUAU